UGUCAAACGCCGGAAGCUUGAAGAACUGAAGAAGAUGAAAUGAGCGAAACUCAAACCAUUCGGUUGGUGUUUACUAAGCUUUGACAAGCGUUAUAGUGAUUUUUCGUUGUUUUCUCGUUGAAACAGUUAGUGAAUAUUGUUCAAAAAUACUGUCGACAAACCCACUAUAACGUUACGAUUAUGUCACUGUAUAAUUACGCGAACUGGAUACCGAGAAGAUAUCUUUAAGCAGUGAGUUAGCAUCAGGUUAACGAGGCUAACGUUACCAAUGAGUACCAGCCGGCUUAUAACUUCGACAAACGGCAGGUGCAAAGCGUCAGUCAGCCGCAACAAAGAGCACCCAGCCCCCAGAGGUGCCAACAAGGUGCUGGCCCAGAGGAACCAUGCGGUGGUGGCGGUGGGAGCCUGGGUGGAGGGCGGGCAAGACUUCGUGGAGCACCCGUCUGCUCUGGCUCUGCUAACUGAGGAGAUCCAGGCAGAGAAGAGGAGGGAGACUGAAGAGAGCCUUCGGCGAUUUCAAGAUGAAGUACGCCAUCGUGUGGCACAGCAAGCUCAAGUCAGCAAGAAGAGGCCGCAGCCUCGGACAGACUCAAUGAUGAAACCUGACAGGAGAAUCCCACAUCAGCAGGAUCAUGUCUGGACCCAGCAUGUGUCCGCUGGCGAGAGGCUGAUGUCUGCAGGUGAUGCUGCACACCGGAGGGUGACGGAGGGGAGCCCUCAGGAGUCUAGUGGAGGCAUGAGGCAGGUCAGACUCAGACUGGCUGCCUGUCGGAUGAUCCCCCAUGGGGAAAUGUCGUCAGACCUUCCUGGAGGCAAAUGGAAUAUCUCUUCAAACAGACAUAAACCUGGAUCUCACGUGCUGGGAGCAGAGCAGGAGGAGGAGGCUGUUCAGGAAGAAGAAGAAGAAGAAGAGGAGGAGGAGGAGGAAGAAGAGGGGGAUAAUCAUCUCUUCACCAGUCAACAUAAAUGUCCCCUCGUUCAGCAGAAGGUUAGUGGACCGGUGUUGUGGGAUUCUGACAAAUCACAGCCUGGUCCUGGUUUCAAGUCCAACCUCAGAGCCCCCCCGGUACUGUGGCCUCUGACUGACCAAGAAGAACUUAAAAGACAGCGUCAGUCUCAGUUCCUGGUGCACCGCCGUCAGUACAUGAACAUUGAGAGAGAGCAAGUGAAGGAGAACAAACAGAACAGGAAACACCUGAAGAGGACGGCAAGGAUCAAAGCUGAAAAAGAACAGAUUCGUUUGGAGGAAGAGAGAAAGUUGGAGAGAGUUCGGCAGCUCGCGGAGGCCAGACAAAGGCUAGAGGAGAGGGAGCUGCUGAUUCUGGAGCGACUGAAGCUUGAGGAGGAGGAGAGAGCUGUGGAGCUGCAGAGGAGAAAAAGAGAGGAGAAAGGGAAAGUGACUGCAAGGUUCAUUGAGGCUCUGAGAGCUCAGAUGAAGGAGCGACUGUCUCAGGAGAGGCUGGAGCCUCCUCCUCUCUGUUGCUGUGCAUCCUCUUUCUGGGACUCUCACCCCGACACCUGUGCUAACAACUGUGUCUUCCACAACAAUCCCAAAGCGUAUGCCAAGGCGUUACAUUCAACAAUGUUGAGUUUGGAGUUACAGUAAAGGAAGCCGAUGAACUGAAACAGACUCCUUACAGGCCAACAUUGAUAUUAAUUUUUUUUAUCUCCAGACGGAAAUAUCUCAACAGAUAUCAAAUGGAUUGCCAUGGCAUUUUGUCCAGGCAUUCAUGUUUUCCACAAGAUGAAGCCAACUGACUUUGGUGAUCCUUGACUUUUCAUCCACUGAUAUCCCAAGACCCAAUAUCUCAACCUCUACGAGACCGAUUGGUGCAGAAUUUUGUACAGACAUUAUUGGCUCUUAGAUGAUGUAUCCUAUAGACUUUGCCUCUUAGUGCUAUCAUCAGGUCCUGCAAAAUAGAGGCUGCCUCUCAGUGAACCUUCCCUGAAUAAAUACAAAAAUAAAAUACAAAAAGGUCAAAAUGUCA